CGUCGUUAACUCUUCAUUUUUCAGUUUCAAACCAUUGAAAUACUUCCAAUUAUCGCAGUGUCUUAAUCUUGAGUGUAGUAAUUCGUUCUUUUCGAAUCGUGUGAACCUCGGGCGAAGCUUUCAAUCGCGUAAAUGCUCUUCGCGAUUCUUUCUCGAGUGUCGAUACACGGUGUUCUAAUGGUGUGUUCUAGCUGAAACAAGUGUUGCGGGGAGUCGACAAAUUUCAAGUGACAUCGCUAGUGCCGCGAAACGAUCUUACGCGUUAUAUGCCGUGCAAUCGAAACCAAAGUUAAGGACGAGACGAAGAACGAGGAGAGGAGAAGAGAAAGACACCGAGGGAGCAACUCCUUUAACCAGUUCGAAAAAACGGUCGAAAUGAGAAGGUGCGGCUUCGUCCUGUGGUUGGUCCUCGCUUGCCUCACCAGCGACGCGUUGCAACAGUACAGGGAAAAGAACAUAAGCGGCGCCGAGACAGACGCGGUACACGCGAUAUUGGCCAGAUACCUUCAGAGGCGUCUUCAGGGGUCUCAGCUGUCGACGCCUCCGCCUCCGGCGGUCCUCUUCAGUAGCCAUAACCAGGCCAGAGUGAGACAAGGUCAGAGGACGACUGGCAAUGCAUUGCCGAGGAAUGUGAGCGAGAAAGAGAGGAGGGGAGGGAUGGAGGAUUACGAGGAUUACGAGGACGACCUUGAGGGCUUCGAGGACAGUGAGAGGAGCAGGACCAGAUUCGAUUUGUUCGCCGACGACUGUCCCAACUGCGUGGACGAGCACAGCAGCAACCUCGCCGCCUCCAGAUGGACCAUGCCGCUGUUGAAGCUCGGCGAGAAAAGAUAUUACCUGGGGAUCUUCUUCAAGGCCAAUUGGUACAGAGCGUCUCAAUAUUGCCGAUACCACGGGAUGCAUCUGGCGAGCAUAGCGUCGCAGGAGGAAAACGACAGACUGGAGAAACAUAUUAAGGAUUUCGGUCUUGGACACGAGCACUUUUGGACCUCUGGUACGGACCAGGCCGAAGAAGGUACUUUCUUCUGGAUGGCCAAUGGCAGACCCAUCACUUUUGAAAAUUGGAACGUAGGCGAGCCGAAUAAUUUCAGAUACGAGAACGGCGAGGAAGAACACUGCCUCGAGCUGUGGAAUAGGGAUGGAAAGGGAUUGAAGUGGAACGACAGUCCGUGCAGUUUCGAAACCUUUUUCGUUUGCGAGGUGCAAUGAUCGAUCCAUCCAACUACGAGAUUGACGAAACACGAAUCUUCCAAGAUCAUCGAUUGGAUACAACAUCGAUCUACUACCUUAUCGAGUCAGCUAGCUAUUGCCCGAUCGAUUCCUCUCCAUCGAGGCCAUCGAACAAAAUAGAACAAAACUGACUUGUUAUGUGUGUACGUGCGUGUAUUUCACACGAGCAGCGCUCGAUGGAUGUAGUCGUUGAAGGAAUCGUAGUCAGAAUGAUGAAUGUGUGUGUAAAGAUAUUUUUGCGAAACUUAUAUUUUAAUCUUCGAGAACUUUUGGAGAAAAUACAUUUUAUUCUCGCUAUUGUAAAGUUUGUUUGUGCGUUCUAUUUUCUAUUUGAAGAAUAUCAUAAGCGUAUAAUAAACAGAAAUAAUGAAAAUGUCUUUUUUAUCGGAUAAGAACUGAUUUAACAUUUAGCUUAUUACCGUUCACGUUUCUCGUAGAUAUACUAUUUGCUUUUUAAACUUAAAGAUUAGAAGUAGAAUAAGAACUUAUAAGUUUUAAUAUCGAUAUAAGUAUAACGUAAAUUAGUCAUUUGUCGUUAAUAUAAGAAUUUUUUUUUCUUUUUUUUUGGAUAAUAGAUAGAUUUAGAUGGUAAAUAAAUUGGAGUUCGCGUGCUAUUUAUUUUUCUAAAUAAAAAAACUUAUAGAAUUAUAGAUACAUCGUUUAACUCGUAAAACUCCAGUGAAUGCAAAGAUCGUUGUUAAGUCAGUUAAGUCAGAAAAUCAGGGAAUUUUUCAAUUUUACCGAUCAAUGGAAUCGACGAUUAUUCGUUAAAAUUUAAAGUUCCAUCGAUUGGCAAAAUUUUUGAUUUCUUAUCGUAUAUAAGCUAUCAUUUUCCUUUUUCAUUAACCAAAACUUGUUAAGAAAAUAUGAAGAAAAAGAAAAAUAUAAGGAACGUUAAAGCGCGAGUAUGAUUAACAACGAUAUGAUUAAAUCGAAUAACAUAAAAUAUAUUUUUAUUUUCUAAUUAAUAAUUAGUAAGCAAAAAAUAAAUAACUAAAUCAAUAAUCAGAAAUUAUUAUGUUGAAUAUCAUAUAGCAAUUAGCGAUCAAUUUAAUGUUUAUGAGCGAAAUAUGUUUGGUUGAAAUUUUAUGAUUUUGAUAUAUGAAACACUAAAUUCAGAUGUUAUAAACGAAAUUAUGUAUUUACACGUGGCAUCAUAUAGCAUUAUGCAAUAAAAUCCAAGUCAAAUAUUACUAUUUUUUAAUAUUUUUCGAUUUUUUCAAUUAAUGAUUCGUAACGUUAUAUGAUAUAUAACAUUAAGAAUAAAAUAGAAAAACUUUAUUUGUUUUUAAAUCUUUAAUCAAUUGUUCAAUCUCCAAAAAACCAAAAAGUUUACGUGCCCAUUGUGUUUUUCAAUGUAAAAGAAAAUUGUAACAAAAGUGUGUAAAAAUUCUUUGAUGAUCGAUCGUUCUACGAUUUACUUACGUUUCAAUGAGUGAAAAAAAUCUCGCGUUUUGUACAGGGAUGUUGGUUUAAACAUCAUGGCGACUAAACAUCGAAACACGGCCAAAUACUAUGAACAAGUACCGCGGCAAACCGCACUUUUAGAAAAAGAUAGAAAAUCCGAUAAUAAAACGAGCAGAAAAAUACAAAAAAAAAAAAAAAAAAAAAAAAAAGAAAAAUGAAAAAACGAAUGAACGAAGCAAAAAAGGCAUGCAACUGUAAUGAAAGUUGUUCUCCCGGAACGUUGUAUUCCCGUAACGGAUCUUUCCGGUCGACGUGACCCUUGCUUCGUCGUUUCAACGUUCUUCCAUCCUUUCCUUUUCAAGCCGACAUAGCCCAUCAACGUGUGAGUCCCCUCUAUAGGAUUGACAGAACCAAUUAGUGGUUCCGUCGAUUUUUCGUCGUUUCUGAGGGGAAGCAACAAUACCGUGGAGAGAGGUAGCGGACCGGUAAAAAGGGAAAAUAAUAAAAAAAAAAAAAAAAAUGUACGUAAAGUAACUGUAAAAGCGUGCGAUUGAAAAGGGACAAGAAAAUCGAUAUAGGAUAAUGAAAAUGAAAUUGAUAGAAAAGCGAGAUAAUGUUGUCUAAAUUUUCGUGUACAAAACAGACUUAAUAUAUAAUAGGAUUUUGUGCUUCAUGUCCAAAAGUAUUCGAUUCCGAGUAUUAAAAUACAGAAAUUAUAUUUAAUCCAAUCACAAAAGUUGAUAAAGUGAAUAAUAAAUAGUCGUUUAAAAAUCUUUAUAUAUAUAUAUAUAUAUAUUCUCUCAUAAAUAUUUUUAUGCGUUAUAUGUAAUAAUGGAUCGUAUUCAUAGAUUUCUUAACUAUUAGACAAACUUAUGUAUGAGUUUAAUCAUUCAUAAAUGAAAAAUAUGUUCAUAUUUUUUUUGUUAUAGUGCAAUGAAAACAAUAUCAGUUUUUUAUAAAAUUUUAAACUUCAAUAUUUAUUAUUCAUAUUUAUAUAAAACGGAUAAAAAAGUAUGGAUGAUUUAAAAUUUUUAAGAUUAUUUAUCAAUAAAUUAUACAAAGAAGAUGAUAUAACGGAUAUCAGAGCGCGUACAUUUCGCAAAACAAGAAAAGAAAAUAGUGAGAGAAGCAUAAAGAAAUUAACGUCAUCUCUGAAAUGUUAAGGAAAUCUUCAAAAGUUGAUUGAAUAAAAUAAGAAUAGAAGAUCACGUUUUGUAUUUCAAAGACAUAUUUCCAGAAGAAUUAAAAAAAAUUCAAAUUUAUAUAUAUUUAUACUGUGUUUAUUGGCUUGUAAUAAAAAAUACAAUUUUAAUUCA